AUGGAGACUGAUCUGAUAUACGAUGAUUCAAAAUCCGCGACACCCUCAAACCCUAGCCAAACCCUAGUUCUGGUCGGUCGUACUGGAAACGGAAAGAGUGCAGUAGGGAACAGUAUCCUUGGAAGAAAGGCGUUUAUGUCCAAAUUAUGUUCCCGUGGAGUCACCAACACAUGUCAGUCAGAAAGAGUUGUGCAAGAUGAUGGCCAAAUCAUCAAUGUGAUUGAUACUCCUGCUGACUCUAUCGAGAAAGAAAUCUCGAGGUGCACAACAAUAGCCAAAAAUGGAAUCCAUGCUAUCCUGUUGGUGUUCUCUGUGAGGGAUGCUUUUAGAGGAGAUAAGGAAGUGUUAAGUCACUUGCAAACCAUUUUCGGCAGCAAAAUCACUAACUAUAUGAUCAUUGUCUUUACGGGUGGUGAUGAAUUGGAAGAGACUUUGGAGGAUUAUUUGACUCCACAAGAGUGUCCACCAUUCCUAAACGAAAUUCUUGAGCUAUGUGACAACCGAUUGGUACUGUUUGAUAACAAGACCAAAGAUAAUCUCAAGAAGGUUGAGCAAGUUGAGAAGCUUCUUGCACUUGUUGAGUUGGUUUCAAAGCAGAACAAUAGUAAACCCUAUACGAAAGAGUAUUUCAAUGAGCUACAGGUGGAGAUUAAAGAAUCAGAAUUGACGCUAGAGAAACAACUAGCUGAGUAAGAGGCUGAGAGAGAAUCUCAAACGGGCAAAAAAUAG